AGUUUCGUUAUGAAUCUGAACGAGCGAGGCGCCGGGAGGAGCUGUCCACACAGUCCCUCACUGCGCCACCACGGAGCUGCAGAGAUGGUGUUCCAGCUGAAAGUACAUGCUCCCACAGGAGAGGAGAAGAUCAUCGACCUGUGCGACAAUGAAGAGCAGAUGAAGAGGAUGACUGUGCUGCAACUGAAACAGAUCAUUAACAAAACAUUCAUGAUAACAGGUGACAACUUGCAGCUUGUCUUCGGAGGACAGAAUCUGGAGGAUGGGUCCCUGCUGGUGUCCCAUAACAUCAAGCACCUGUCCGCCAUUCAGACAGCCGUCCAGCUGCCCGGAGGCAUCUGAUGAAGAGCAGCGCCUCAGGCUCUCACCGUGCUGCAGUGAGACCAGUCUGCGACACAUCUUCACAGACCCACUAACAUUACAAAGCACAAAUGAAUCUGUGAUCAUUCUUUGGGUUUGGGUCUCACACACGCACACACAGCUGUGUCAAAUGAAGACAAUAAGUAUGGGUACAAGUUUGAAAACGACACAAUGAUUAAAAAUGUCUGUUUCUGUAUCAGACAGUGUUCUUUGAUUUUUGUGUGAUGCUUGUGUUUUAUUUCGGAAAGUGCAGCUCAUCAUGUUGAUUUGACACUGUGUGAUAUUCGCUUUAAGGGCGUGAAAAUAAAUGCGAAACCAAGCUGCGCCUGUUUUCAUUUGUGUGGAACGUUGUGCCAAAUGUGAGAAGUGAAACUUCAACAGUGACUGCCUUUUAAGAUGUUUUAUCUCUGAUAAUCGGAUGAUGUGGGCUCUCCCUCCGAACAGGAAAUGAGCCCUGAUUCCUCAUACAAACAGUUUCAGCAGUUCAUCUUCGGUCCGGAGCUUCAGCUGUGUUGAAAAGUGGUAGAAACAUGAGCGCGCCAACGGGGACAUCACGGGAGCGCAUCAAGGACGCAUAACAGCGAUGUGAUGUCUAAAGGAUGUAUAACAGCACUUCAGCACGAUGGAACAAAAAAAUAACAUAACAAUAUCAAAGUGCCGGAAAACAUAAACACAAAAUCAUUUUAAUUAUGUUGCUCAUUUGUAGGCUGGGACGAUAUGAUCAGUGUGAACCUGUUUCCGUACCAGGACGCACAGUUUCAGCCUCUGUGGAUUUUUUUUUUUUUUUUAAAGCACAUAUGAAACAAACCUGCGUGGAGCACUUUACAUGUGAUUCGAUAUUUAACUUCAGGUCCAGCUAAACUUGAGCAGAGACUCUUUCCUCAGCUUCAUGUUCUGCGCGCUGUGAGCAGGUCAGAGCGGCGCCGCGUCGUCCACAGAUUCCGAGUCUGCUCGUGUGUUUCAUAACGUCCUCUCCCUCUGGUUUAUUGUAGGAUCGCACCGCUGCAGAGUUGGAGAUGUCCUGUGAGAUGAGUCAGACUGAGGAGGAUGAGGCACAGUUCAGAAACGACAAUGAGGUAUUCAACCAUCGGACUGAAGGAGAGGAGGAAAACGCAGAGGGAAACUCGAAUGACAAGUCUGAGGAGUUGACGGGAACCAAGCCAAGGAACACCUGUAAAAAACAUCUGGGUGAAGAGACGAAGACAGAGAAGGAGGAACAAAGAGCCACAGAGUGCCAGAAGCCCGAUGAGACACCUUCAGACGAUCUGACUGGGUUUAAAGAAGAACAGGGUGAAGAUACUGGUCCUGAAGAACUGAAACACAAAAGAAGAACUGAUGAUGAAGAAACAACACAGAUGGGACAUGGUGCAGAGGAUGAGGGACAGAUGAGAGAAGAUAGGAAGGAAGAGAGACUUCAGGCUGGAGGAGAGGAGGGUGAUGAAGAACAUGAAGAGACUGACACAUCAAUUAAUAAUCAUACAACAGUGAGUGAAGUGAAAAGAUGUGAGGAUGAAGACGGACAGGAAAAGGAAGACAGCAACACACAAGAAAACAGCAAGUCUGAGGAGUUAAAUGAAACUAGAGUAGAAGAUGCUUCUGUUAGUGUUGGAGAACAGCUGAGAGACUCCAGUGAACAACAUCUGGAUAAAGAGACAAAGUCAGAGAAGGAGGAACAAAGAGUGACUCCACCACAGAGACGUCAUCAUGGCCUGAUCAAUCAGGGAGCCACAUGUUACCUCAACAGUGUCCUGCAGGUUCUCUUCAUGACCACUGAGAUCCACCACAGGUUGGAUCCACAAACAGAUCGAGAGCUGAGACAAAUCUUUACUGACCUGAAGACAAAAACAUGUAGAACAGGAAACAUCACAAGGAGUCUGAAGAUUGAAAAUGGUAAGUUGGACAGUCAUAAGGUGCUGAGAAGAAAAUGAAUAUAUCAGAUUCAGUUUAAUGUUUCCUU